AUGAGAGCCAAGUGGAGAAAGAAGCGCGUUCGUCGCCUCAAGCGUAAGAGAAGAAAGAUGCGCGCCCGCUCUAAACACCUCGCACAUCAUCUCGACCCGGGACUGCUCCUCGGCGGUGCCCACUCUCACAACGCCCUAAUCGACAACUGGAACCGUGAUCGCCGCCAUCACACCCCGCCAUGCCUACGACUUUUUCGACCCACCGCCUCUCAGUGGACACGGGGAGAAAUGGGCCUGGCAGACGUUUGGCCGAUCUGGGCGGGACAUCGGUUUAUGGAGCGGGCAAAGGACAAGCCAUGCAACGGGUCGAGCUGUGGCAAGGAAAACUCCGUCAUCGGCACACAGACCAUGACGUUGAGACGAAGUGUUUAUGGAAUCAAGAGGCUCAUGAAAAGAGGCAUGCUGCUAUGA